CGGAAAUCUUGAGGACGCCGAUCACAGUUUACGGGCGUCACUUAAACGCAGAAACAAAUGAUGCCAACAAAGAGACUGAGGAGACGCCUCGAAGAAGUAGCAAAGUUAUGAUAGCGGAAGCUUCUACUAAUGUAGCUCCGCGACCUGCCAUUGAAACAUUUAGAAAAAGUCUAUUAAAGUCAACAAGCAGCAGCAGUAUAGAUAAACAGGGAGUACUCGAUGUUAAAGCUACCGAAGUUAGAUCGCCGUCACCUAUACCUGAAGAUCUCGUAGGAGAGGAAAUUAGCAAGCAGUCAGUAUCGUCUGCAACGAUCGACCAAGAAAAAAAGAUUGAAGAAAAGAAAAAUGCACAAGAGCAACAGCAGGAAAAAGGUGGAGAAACAAGCGAAAAAGAGACAUUAGAAGAGCAAAAGGUGGAAGAGAUGGAUGAAAAUAAUCAUGAGCAAUCUGGAAAUGCAGAAUGUAAUAACAGUGAUAACACUGGACAGCAAACCUCGGAAACAGAUAAAGAAAUCGAUGCAGGAAAAGAUGCUGAAUUUGACGCGAAAGAAAGCAAACCUGAAGUAUUGCCGAUUCAAGGUACAAAAUUGCGGGGAAAAUCAAAAGCGACUGGUCGAGUAAUGGGAGGUUGGAUUUAAUUAAAUAUUUAACUUUUUUAAUUAAUUAAAUAUUUAUUUAAAAUUAUUUACAUAUAUUACAUUUAUUUA